UUUCGGUUCCCUCCACAAACUCCGCUUGGCAACUGAGGGUUCUUCAUUCGGACCAGGGCAAUUCCAGCAGGCUUUCAGGGUGCACCUGCAAACAUGGGGCUCUUACAUGGUGUGCUGGUUUCUGCUCUCAUCCUUGCUGUCCAUGGAUUCUACACAGCCAGUGAUGAUGUAGUAGAGCUCAACCCUUCCAACUUCAACAAACAGGUGCUGCAAAGUGACAGUCUUUGGCUGAUUGAGUUCUACGCGCCCUGGUGUGGUCACUGCCAAAGACUUACACCUGACUGGAAAAAAGCUGCCACUGCUUUGAAGGGCAUUGUGAAGGUUGGAGCAGUAGAUGCUGAUCAGCACAAGUCUCUUGCCAGUCAGUAUGGCAUCCAGGGCUUUCCUACCAUAAAAAUCUUUGGAGCUAACAAAAAUAACCCUGAGGAUUACCAAGGUGGUCGUACAAGUCAGGCUAUAGUGGAAGGAGCCAUGACGGCACUGCGCUCUUUGGUGAAGGAUAGACUCAGUGGACGGACUGGAGGCUCUGGCCAGAGUAAACAGAGUGGUGGAGGCAGUGGAGCAGGCAAUAAGAAGGACGUGGUGGAGCUGACUGACGAUAACUUUGACAGACUGGUGCUAAAUGGAGACGAGGUCUGGAUGGUGGAAUUCUUUGCUCCUUGGUGUGGCCACUGCAAGAGGCUGGAGCCAGAGUGGACUGCAGCGGCAACAGAGGUCAAAGAACAGACAAAGGGCAAAGUGAAGCUGGGUGCUGUGGACGCUACUGUGCAUCAAGGCCUGGCCAGCCGUUACGGUAUACGUGGCUUUCCCACCAUUAAAAUCUUCAGUAAAGGAGAGAAUCCAGAGGAUUAUGAAGGAGGAAGGACUCGGUCUGAUAUUGUGGCCCGUGCCUUGGAGCUGUUCUCUGCAAAUGCUCCUCCUCCUGAGGUGACCGAGAUUCUUAACCAGGAUAUUUUCAAGAAGACCUGUGAUGACCACCAGCUUUGUAUUAUAGCAGUGCUUCCUCAUAUUCUUGAUACAGGUGCAUCAGGAAGAAACAGCUAUUUGGACGUGAUGAGGACGAUGGCUGAGAAAUAUAAGAAGAAGAUUUGGGGCUGGCUGUGGACUGAGGCUGGAGCUCAGAUGGAGCUGGAGUCCUCUCUGGGCAUCGGUGGUUUUGGGUACCCAGCCAUGGCUGCCAUCAAUGCUCGCAAAAUGAAGUUUUCUCUGUUGAAGGGCUCUUUCAGUGACACAGGCAUCCAUGAGUUCCUCAGGGAUCUGUCUGUUGGCCGUGGGUCCACUUCUCCGGUUGGAGGAGGAGCAUUACCAAAAAUUCACACUGUAGAAGCCUGGGAUGGCAAGGAUGGCCAGCUUCCAGAAGAAGAAGAUAUUGAUCUCAGUGAUGUGGACUUGGAUGAUUUUGAAAAAGAUGAGUUGUGAGAACCACUUGUUGCUCUGAAGCUGUUCUCUCGUAUUCAGGUCCUUUUUAUACACUGAUUUCCUCUCCUAUGGAAGAGGACCAAAGGUUAAAGGUGAAACAGAGGAAAAAUACUCUGCAACCUUCAAAACUUGAGUUGUGGCCUGUUUACCGCAGAGUAGUCCUCUAAAAUCUGGAGUUAGGGCCACUAGCAGGCACCAAGUACUUGUUACAGUGCCUUAAACCUGCUCUUCUGCCUUUUAUUGGAUAUGACAAGCCUUGUUUUAAAAAGACUUACUAUUAGUUCUGUGAUUGUCAGAAAUAUAGAGCAAGCUGUUUCUGUUUGAGGUAAUUCAGGAAAGGGAAGAACUUAAUACUGUCUUGUUUACUUUGCACAUGGUGUCUGUUCAGUUAAAUGGCUGUUAAGUUCAAAUAAAGGUGUUUGAGAGUGA